GACGGUGACCCACCCUCGUCGCAUCCUUCAACGAGGGACCCCGCGCGUGCCUCCGGCGGCUCGGGGUCAUUGAAAAGUCGUCCAACUAGCCCCAAGUGGGCCUCACCCACUUCUCCCAAAGGUGGGGCGACCCCCUCCCCCAUCGCGUAA